AUGCAGCCUGACCGCGGGUCGCAUCGAUCGACCUCGAAGAAACAGCUCAACCCAAUCUCAACGGCAAUAUCAGAUUGGGCGCAGCGUCUCAGCGGAUAUGCGAGCGAGGAAUUAGAUCAUGAUCUGAACCCUCUUGACGUAGCUGGACUGGUCAGCUCGGGACCAAAGAGAUGGGUUCUCUAUGAACCUAUGGUGCUGCUGCCCAGCGGCAGCUUCACUUCCUCACAGUGGAAAUCAGUAUUCGCCAAGCUCGGCGAGGUCCAGAGGACCGCGCUCUACAGAGAGAUCCUGAGCAAUGUAUCGCUCAAGACCCAAGAACGUGUGACCCACCUCGCUGUCAACGAAGGCAUUCCACUUCACGUCGAGUCCGACACAAAGACUCAGGACCAGGAAGUGGAAAACAUCCUGCGAAGUCCCAGUGGGCUCCGAAUGCUCUACGGAGAUUUUGGGCCUACCAAACCAGAUGCGCCACUUGACGAGGCGUUCUGGGUGUCCACGAAACAAAAUGGCAUAUAUCAGACUUGGGCCCCUCGAUGGACCAUGUUCAGCCGAGGAAAUAUCAAGGAGAAGGCGCGCCUGCUCUCCUUCCACAGCCCGGAUGAAUCACACGCAGAAGAAGUCAUCACCGCACGCCGGACUCGCACCAAGUUCAUGCUGAAGGAUAAGUGGGCUGUCGACCUUUAUGCAGGCAUCGGAUAUUUUGUCUUUUCAUACGCUAGACUUGGCAUGAGAGUUCUUUGUUGGGAACUCAAUGCGUACAGCGUUGAAGGCUUAAGAAGAGGUGCUCUGAAAAACGGUUGGACCGUCCGUGUCGUAUCGGGAGAAGCUCUCGAACUCCCCACUGCAGAACUGAUUUCCGGUGGAGAACGCAUUGUGGUCUUCUUGGAAAGCAAUGCCAGGGCACUCGGUCGAGUCCAAGAGCUGAGAGAGACUCAUACCUACUUCGAGGCGCUCCAUGUCAACUGUGGCUUCCUGCCCUCAAGCGAGCCCAUAUGGCAGCCAUCGCUAGAAAUCGUGGGUGACGGAUGGCUUCACCUGCAUGAGAACGUCGGAGUUCGUGACAUAGAAAACCGCCGCAAGGCGAUCCACGAGCAGUUGACUCAGUGGACCGGGGCUGAUGAGCGCGAUAGACGCUGGGUCGACGUUGAACAUGUCGAGCUGGUCAAAACAUUUGCCCCAGACGUGUGGCAUUGCGUCUUUGACGUAUAUGUUGCAAGGUCUAGAAUAAAUUAA